AUGAUACGCCAAGUUUUGAUACCGGCACUCGCAGCGUUGCUACUGGCGCUGCUGAUACACACAUACAACGAUUUUGCACCGAUAGAUUCAUUUCUCUCCUCUUCUAGUAUCAACAUCAGCGUCGACAUACAUUACAGUGAUUCGUAUUACCAGGCGCGGAAAAUUUUUCGCUUACGUGCCGAGGCUGCCGGUGCCCAGCUGUUCUCGCUGCCCCUUCAACACAUCCAAUCGAUGGAUUUGACUGUGGAUAUAGCAGUGCUUGAAGGAUCGCGUGAUCGUGUACUGCUCCAUAUUUCGGGCACGCAUGGUGUCGAGGGUUUUGCCGGAAGUGCCAUUCAGGCAGCUCUCUUGGAACGUGAAGCGGCUUCCCAACGUUCUGCUGACAAGAAGCCUACUGUGAUUUUCGUUCAUGCACUAAAUGCAUAUGGAUUUGCAAAGCUGCGUCGAUGUAAUGAGCAUGGAAUUGAUUUGAACCGUAAUUGGCUCACGCCUGAAGAGUUUCAAGAACACCAAGCGAGAGACCCAAACCGAGUGGGAUACAUGGACGUCUUUGACCUGCUAAAUCCUAAGGAACUGAACGGUUUCUUUAACUCGGUUUGGCUAAAAAGUUUGAUUUAUCUAACGACAAUGGGAUUUGAAUCGAUUAAGCAAGCGACAGUGAAUGGAAACUAUCACUUUCCUCAGACACUAUAUUAUGGUGGAACAGAGCUUGAACCUAGUUUAGCGCUAUUACAAGAUUUCUUGCUGGAACAUGUCGACUUCAGCAUUGUCACAAAAUUUGCGAUGGUAGAUGUGCACACGGGGCUUGGACCUUCUGGUGUUGACACGCUAAUGCUUGGAUCGAGUAGUAACAUGACAUUAGCCCGCAAUGUUUUUGCUGGUCCAGAGUAUGCGAACAAGGUGGUUUUUAUACACGAUCAUGACAAUCCGGUGUCACGCGGUUACGAUGGUGUCAAUGGUUUCACAUUUGAUGGUGUGGCAAAGUUAUCGGGGUCUCAAAACAAUGGAAAUGCAAUUUUGGUUUGUCAAGAGUUUGGAACGGUGCCUGGUAUAUUCAUCUUAAAAGCACUGAUUGAGGAGAAUACCGUGUAUUAUCACUAUCCGUCAUCUGUAAACCGCUUAUCGUACGCACAAAAACUCCGAGACGUGUUUUACCUGCAUCGUAGUAGUUUUUGGAAAAGUGAGGUAUUACAUCGUGGUGUUGCUGUAUUUGAUCGUCUCAAUACGUAUCUUGAAGCCUGA